CGCGCGCCCCUCCCCCGCCUGCGAGCGUCGGCUACGGCUGAGGCGGCGACGGGCGGCCGAGAUUGGAAUCCGCCUGCCGGGCGGGCGCGGGCGGACGGGGGAGUCAAGAGGAAGCAGUAGGAGGUGGAGUCAUUGUCAAGUGAUUGUGACCUCAACAAGAAAAUCUCGCUGAGUAAAGUUUGAAUUUGUGGAAUAACAGUUAUCCACAGUGACAGUGCAUGGAACAUUAAAAUUGAACAAUGACUCAGCCCUGUAUUUACAUCAGAUUAUUGGGAGCCUAUCUGUUCAUCAUUUCUCAUGUCCAAGGGCAGAAUCUGGACAGCAUGCUCCACGGCACUGGGGUAAAGUCAGACUCUGACCCUAAGAAGACAGAGAAUGGAGUAACCUUAGCACCGGAGGACACCUUGCCUUUUUUAAAGUGCUAUUGCUCAGGACACUGCCCAGAUGAUGCUGUUAAUAACACAUGCAUAACUAAUGGACAUUGCUUUGCCAUCAUAGAAGAAGAUGACCAAGGAGAAACCACAUUAGCUUCAGGGUGCAUGAAAUAUGAAGGAUCUGAUUUUCAGUGCAAGGAUUCUCCAAAAGCCCAGCCUCGCCGGACAAUAGAAUGUUGUCGGACCAAUUUGUGUAACCAGUAUUUGCAGCCUACACUGCCCCCUGUUGUUAUGGGUCCAUUUUUUGAUGGCAGCAUUCGAUGGCUGGUAGUGCUGAUUUCCAUGGCUGUCUGCAUAAUUGCUAUGAUCAUUUUCUCCAGCUGCUUUUGUUACAAACACUAUUGCAAGAGCAUCUCAAACAGACGUCGCUACAAUCGUGAUUUGGAACAAGAUGAAGCAUUUAUUCCGGUGGGAGAGUCAUUGAAAGACCUCAUUGACCAGUCGCAGAGCUCUGGCAGUGGGUCUGGACUGCCCUUACUGGUUCAACGAACUAUUGCCAAACAGAUUCAGAUGGUUCGGCAGGUUGGAAAAGGCCGGUAUGGAGAAGUGUGGAUGGGUAAAUGGCGUGGAGAAAAGGUGGCAGUCAAAGUGUUCUUUACCACUGAAGAAGCAAGCUGGUUCCGAGAAACAGAGAUCUACCAAACUGUGCUGAUGCGCCACGAGAAUAUACUUGGGUUCAUAGCCGCAGACAUUAAAGGCACGGGUUCCUGGACGCAGCUCUAUCUGAUCACUGAUUACCAUGAAAAUGGGUCUCUCUAUGACUUCCUGAAGUGCGCUACACUGGACACCAGAGCCCUGCUCAAGCUGGCCUACUCUGCUGCCUGUGGGCUGUGCCACCUCCACACAGAGAUUUAUGGCACCCAAGGGAAGCCUGCAAUUGCUCACCGAGACCUCAAGAGCAAGAACAUCCUCAUCAAAAAAAACGGAAGUUGCUGUAUUGCCGAUCUGGGCCUCGCGGUUAAAUUCAACAGUGACACAAAUGAAGUUGAUGUGCCCUUGAAUACCAGGGUGGGCACCAAGCGCUACAUGGCUCCAGAGGUGCUGGAUGAAAGCCUGAACAAGAACCACUUCCAGCCCUACAUCAUGGCCGACAUCUACAGCUUCGGCCUGAUCAUCUGGGAGAUGGCCCGCCGCUGCAUCACGGGAGGCAUUGUGGAGGAGUACCAGCUGCCAUACUACAACAUGGUCCCCAGUGACCCAUCCUACGAGGACAUGCGGGAGGUUGUAUGUGUCAAACGCUUGCGGCCGCUUGUGUCCAACCGCUGGAACAGUGAUGAGUGUCUGCGAGCUGUGCUGAAGCUCAUGUCCGAGUGCUGGGCCCACAACCCAGCCUCCAGGCUGACCGCGCUGAGAAUCAAGAAGACGCUCGCCAAGAUGGUGGAGUCCCAGGACGUGAAGAUCUGACACCUACCCAGGCAUGGGGGCCCCAGACUGUCCACGGAGCAGCGGAUGAGCGUGGGCUUCCUCCCUCAACUUCACAGGCUGCUAAUGUUCCCCUGCCAGUGCUCUGCAGGACAAGCUGGGACUCCGGAGCCUGCAGCUUUCCCAUACAGACAGCUUUGUUCUAAAUGUAGUUUUUGAUGCCUUUUUUAAUUGAGUUUUUAUGAGCUGCAUCAAGACUCCAAUUCUGAUUCUUAAAUCUCCAGUCAAACUCUGGGUACUGAAUUGCCUGUUCCUAAAGUAGUGCUUUCUGUGAAAGCCUUAAGAAGCUUAUGAGUUCAGCAGAGAUGGAGAAAUACACACUUUUGCCUUCUACCUGAGAAAUGUAAUCUCUUUGUAUUCUGCCUUUAUAAAACGGCCUCUUCUGAUGAGCUCCUUGGGCGACCACUCAGCUGACGGUAGUGCUUCCUGCCCUCCCAGGUAGCAGUGUGCGCACACACCAGGAUGCCUCUGCUGUCCAUCUUGGAAUUGGAAGAAAAUGAUUUAUGCGUGCACAGGAAGAUGCUGGUGGCUGGUGGUUUUGUGCUUUAAAAAUGCAGUAUGUGGCCAAGAGUCGUCAAUUUGUAACAGCCAUUUGUCUUGCAAGUGAGAUAGCUUCCCCAGCAACUUUAUCUUUUAACAGAAUAGUUACUGUAAAGGCCAAAAAGCGUAAAGUGUCUGCACAUCUGAACUGUUUUCCUUUCCUUUCUGCUGCCUUUCUUUCUUGUUUUUUGUAAUUAUUAUUUUUGUUCUGUAAAGCAUCCUAUCCAGAGUAGGAGCUUCCAAUGCCACGAACCAUGUUGCUAAAGCAGCCACUUCUUAUUGAAGUGGUUACUGCAUAGCAAUGUAAGUGCCUAAGUCGUGUUCUGCAUCCGUUGUGCACAGUAACUUUUAAAAGGGAAAUUAUUUAUGUUGUGUGUGUGAUGUGCUUGACUUGCACACCCCCUCCUUUCUGGCCGUGUUGGAUACACGUGCACAUACGCACACUGCAGCACCUGCCUCACAGUACCACCUUCCUGUCCUUGGGGGCAGAUGGUGUGUGUAGAGCUGCCCGCGAACUUCCAGAGUACCACAGCAAACCCAGGACUUGGUGAACUUUACUGAGGCAGUAUCAUCUCAGUUGUCCUUUGCUAAAGGAUCUACAAUUAGGGAUUUAUGUUCAGAGCUGAUAGAAAUCAAUCAACACUCUUAAAAUGUUUUAGACACCUAAAUCAUUGGAGAUUUUUUUUGAGGUUUUGUUUCUGGUCCCUAACUAGUGAAGUUGAGGAAGAGCCGGGCAGGUGUUCAGCACUUGCGUCUGUGCUCGAUAGCUCUCACUUGGUAAAACAAUACCGGUUUUCUAGACAGUAGAGGCCUUGUUAUCUGGGGAACACUGAGUAACCAAAGCUUGCUGUGCUUCUGUAGCACCUUUGAAAUGCUCAUCUCUUAUUCCCAACAACUGACUCAUGAAAGCAUCAAGUGAAAUAAUUUCCUUUGAAUAUAACAGGAAAUAAGCAAUUGUAUCACAGCAUGGCCAGAAAGGUUCAAAUUCAGUGGGGGAAAUUGGAGCAUAUAUCCACCCCAUUCAUCACCAGAAACCUCGACUGUCAUUUAAGGCCAAAAUUUAAAACUUUGUCCUCAUACCAGCUUUCACCAAGUUGAACCUUACCUUAAUCACAUGUUCACUAAGUUUCACUGAACAAGUUUCAUUUAACAUAAAACAUGUAAGUGUGUUUGUCAGGUAAACUUGCGUACUGAUAGUAACCCCUCUUUCAGAAUGUGGCCCCUUCUCCCUGUGGGGAAAUAGAGGUACUGUAAUCAGAAUCACCGUGUGAGCUGAGAGUACGUAGAAGAUCUGAUUUACUUCAAGUUUAAGCUUGAUUCAUUUUUCUCUUGGUGAACGUGAAAGUUAUUUAUCACCUUAAUAAAGAAAACACAUAAAGACACGCAAAUUCAUCUUUGGAAAUGGUGAGCUGGUGUGUGGAGGCAAAAAAGAUGACAGAAUAUGAAAUGACUACCAUGAGUUUUAAAAAUUAACUUGGCCUAGUAAAUGACAUCAAGAAUUAACCUUAGAAGUUUGGUCAAUGAAAGCAUUUUGUAGUGUAACAUGUUCUUUAAAAAGCAAAUGCUGCCAUAUUUGUAAUUUUUAGAUUUUAAUCUAAAAAUGUUGUGUGAAACUUACUACCCUCUUAAAUUUGAAGUUCAUCCAGUCGGUGAAAUACUCAGGUCCGGCAAGAGGACGUAUUCUGUUUACCGAAAUUAACAAUUUGUAAAACCCUGGAAGCUGUUAUUUGAUCCCACUUACAAUUUUAGCAUUUUAACUGUGUUACUUCAGUCAGUCAUUUCUUUUAAUAUUUAAAACAUAUACACAAACCAAAAAAGCUCACAAACUACCUGAAUAUAAAUAGCCAAAAUUAAUGGUCAAAGGAAACUCUUCUUGUGAAUUUCUGUGCUAGCAGAUAGCUCCCGAACUGAAGCGCAUUCAAAUUCUGUCCCGGAUGUCGCUCGCGGGACUCACGCUGAGUCCUUGGCACCCACAGCCCACUGCGCCUGUGCGCUGAGCCCGGCCUCCAGGGGCUGCCCGAGCCCCUUCACUGGAAUAGUCCAGUCCUUGUUCAGUGUGGCCUUGCCUGUGUCCGAAAGUGCUUCUAAACUUAGCGAGUUACCUUUAUUCUUUCUAAGUUACACUUUCCUAGAAUGUGCCAGAUUUUUUAUUUAUUCACUCUAACAAUAUUCAGUACAUUUGUUUUCAGGUAGAAUGAAAACCCCAUUUUUAAAGAUUCAUGCAUCUCUGAGUUGGCCUGAGGUAAAUCUGAUAGUGAAGAGUUUAUCUCAGGACCAGUUUCAUAAAUUUAAAACAUAUUUUCUUCCAUAUACGUUGUUUUAGAGCAUUUCUAAAUAUCUAAAACAACUUCAGCCAGUCACAGAAUCUUUAGCAAAAGAUCUUUAGCAAAAGGUGGUUGCAGCCUUGUUCUGUUGGAAAGUGACGAUAUUCCCGUUGCCUGAUGUCAGAUGCCAACACAGUAGGUGGCAUUUUGUCUUCUUGCCCCAGUGCUGUGAGCAGAGUCACAGCAGGAACUGCAGAGAGGACACACAUGUCACAAGAACCGAAUUAAGCCAGGCAUGGUGGCACACACCUAUGAUCCCAGCACUUGGGAGGCUGAGGCAGGAGGAUCUCCACGAGUUGAAGGUCACCCUGGGGUUCAAGGCCAGCCUGCACUACAGAGUGAGACAGUUGAAAAAAAGAACGAAUUAAGUGUAGAGCAACAGCAAGUGGACCCUCCUGUCUGGCUCGCCCAUGAGGAAAGUACGAAUACAGCAUUUGCAAAGGGUGAACUGUAUUGUGGUCAUCUUAGCUGUGCUCUGUCCUCUGCUUCGAUGGAAUUAUUUAAGCUCUUUUAGUGACCUUAUCCUUCCCCACUGAAAACUAAAAUGUAGUAUAUGUUGUAUAAAAUGAAAAUAUCAUUAUAGCUAAUUAGAGAAACUGUACAUAGGCAUUGAAAAGGGUAAAAACAAGCAGUUUUAUUAUGCAACUGUAAAACACCAAAAAUCCAGAUUGAUCUUUGAUACAUAACACACUAAGUGUAUUUUGUACAGCAUCUGCUUUAAAGGGUGCCUUAUUCAGUUUACCAUUAACUGCUUUGUUCUAUAUACAGAGUAUGUCCAAUGUAUCAUUUUUAAGUAAAUAACCUUAUUUUAGUAUACUGUA